GUCCUUUUGUGGAAAAAGGAGUGGAAAGCCGUCGUUUUGUAACAUCCUUUGGGCUUGCCACAUAGUGCUCUUGCCUAAGGCAGCCUUGCGACUCUGCCGCUGCGUGCAGCGCUCCGUGUACCUGUUGCUGUUAGGUUAUCUUUUAACAAGACCUGUUCAGUGCUUCUAUUCUAGUAUCUCCGGUGCCGUGUUUGUCGGUGGGAUAUCGAGCUGUUAAUGGAACGAGCUUCCAGGUAGUUCUGUUCAAGCAAUGCUGUUGGCUUGGAAGUCAUUAAACAGUGCUUUUUGAGCAGGCUCAGUCUGCACUUGUUUUCAUCUUGUGUUUGCUGCAGAGGAGGACGAAGAGGUGAAGUUGGAUGUGCUUCAUUUCAAACCUGCGGGGGUCUGUAAUGAAGCUGUAAUGUUUCAUAACUGACCUGUGAUGGGGUUGGGUUAUAAAGAGAACAGCACAAGAGGACAGGAUUCUUUUCUCCUGCAAAAUGCCUUGGGAACAUCAUUUUAGCAUAUAACACUUCUUCUUUGCUGUAAAGGAUUUCUUAAAUUUUGUAGCAGUAAACAUAAAUUUAGGUUUGGGUUUUUUUUUUGUUUUUUUGUUUUUUUUUUUUAAUGAAAUGUUGAAUCCAAAGUAUGUUAAGGAACUUGUCUUUGGAGUCUGUACGCUCUGUGAGCUGAGCAGUUUGUUCCUAGCAGUACUGAUGUCCUGUCCUACUGGGUAACAACCAAAAAACACCUUGAGUAAAAACCGUGUUUGGUUUUCAUUUGCAGGUUCCCAGAGCUCUUCCUGGUUAGGAAUGAUGACUUUUGGACUAUAGGUAGCACGUAAACUCUGUAUUCACUUAGAGCCUCGAAUUACUUUAAAAAAUGAUAAUUCUUUGGUUGCCCAAAGAGUCAGUAUGAGGAAAAGUUCACUUCUUCCGUGUUGCUCCUCCCAAAAAUAGAAAUGUGAGUCACUUGAGUGCUGAAGCUUAGUAGUGUGGGUGUCUGCAUAUAUUGCCACAAUAACCUAAUUUCUCAGUAAUUGAAGACUAGCCAAUCCCAUCGUGUCUGGAGGAUGGGAGGAAUGAUCUAAUGCGUCUCUCCAAGUCUUAACUUCCGUGAUUGACAAGAGAUAAAACUGGCAUCCGCUGUUUUCCUGUACUGUCCUUCCCUUGCUCUGUUUUGAGCAAUACUUUGUUUUUCUGCUGUUCAACUUUGCCACUUCUUUUAUUUUUAAAUUUAGGAACAAACGAAAUGGCCCACAGUGUAAGGUGUUCUCCCUUGUCUUAGAAUACUCUUAGGAUCUUCAUUUUUACAGUGCUUUCAAAGGAACAUUAGAGCACUUUAUGGAAAUGAGUAGAUAAAACAUUAUAAUAAAUUAACACAGCAGAAGGAUUACAUGUCUGUUACUUCUGUCACUGGUUUGAUCUCAAGCUGGUUUGAGGAUGGGAGUGUGGACUUGUUUUGGUGUUGAAACACUUAUCCACUUGAUCUCAUUUAGUGGACUGAAAUGCUCAGAGGACCCCCAAAUUGGGAUGAGUAGGAUUCUGUGCUCUCUUUUAUGGUUUUAGAUGAAAUUUUCUAUUGCAAGAAACAGGACCGUGCUAGGAACUGCUCUUGCCGUGCUAGUGUCCCCAGGCUUCACUGUAGUGAAUUUUGGGUCUUACACCCUAAAGCCCACAGGUUCCUUUGUCCAUGUGCCCCCUUCAGCUUCUGGCACCUUCUUGGUUAGCUGUGAAUGUAACCCUUUCUUUUUCCUUGUUUUUAGAGGAGCAAACAAAACCCACCCUGGUGCCACGGGGACCGCUGGUGAAUAGUGCUUCCUUCCCAUAGGAACAGGCACAGCUGUGGGCGGGGGUAGUCGCCCUGUGGAGGUCCAAGUUUACCUGGGAUUCGAAUGAGAAUUUUUAAAGGCAUCUGAAUUUCCUUCUGUCAGUGGCUCUUUGACAGCAUGCCUGUCCCUUCUCAAGAAUGAGAUGUGAGCCUGCUGCUGGAGGAAGCUGAACUAUUACUGCAGCAGUCCCCAUCCUCCUGUUCUGGUGGCCCCUUUCCAUCUGUGUGCUAGGUUACAAGCCAUGGCUGCGUAUCCGAACUGUCAGACUUGUGGUCCCACCAGCAAAUGCUGGGAUCAGAUAGGAAACACCGUGCUCCAAAACUGCUUCCAUAGCCUGGGAUCAAUUGUGUAGCAGUAAUCUUCUGUGCCUUUUCUGCCUUUGUCUGGCUCAGAGAUUGCCAUGACGAAGAACUUCAUGUGUCAGUAGUGAUUGACCGUACAUAGAAUACUAACAUUUAUCCCCUUCCCUCAGUUCUGAUGCGCUGUCUCCAGCUAAAAAUGGAGCCAUUCCCAAGAAAUAAAAGCAGCCCGCAUCUUGCUCCCGAGCUUAGCCCUGCAGAAAAGCUGCAGUGAUGUUACAGGAAAUGGUGUGUCUGCGUUUUAUUGUGUUAGGAAUGCUCUCGGUUCAGGUUUGUAACAAGCUGCUGGUAUUAACGCAAGGAAAACCCAGCACCCUUCUAGUGCAGAGCAGGUUUGUCAUCCCUCUUCUUCCUCCCUCCUGGAAAUAAAAUACUCAGUUUUAACGUUAUCACGGGAAAAAUAAUUAUGUAUAAUUAUACCAGCUGCAAGAAACAGGUUCGUCCUCAUCCUGUACAGUAUUGUGUAGUGAAAUACAUUUCCAUUACAAUUUGCUUUCUAGUUGUCCCAGCGAAGUACAUUGGAAGAGGUGGGGGCAUAUUAGUGCUGCAUUCUCCACACAGGGCACUCCUGUGUACCACCAACAGAGCCAACGAAAGAGUGGUGCACAGAGAAGGGUGUGAAAUUUGAUUUAAAAGCUUCUCUUUCAAGCAGUGUCAAUGUGUCAGAGCCCUGAGGAUGCUUCGAAGCUUACACCACCAGGCUUGUAAAAUACGGUCUGUAAAGCAGAGUGUGGAGCCAGGAAUGAAAUUCUGCUCCAGUGCCCUUAAGACUUGACUCGGAUUUUUGAUAUGGUGUUUCUAAAUUGCAUAGCAGCUAUUGUUCUGUCAGCUAGUCUCUGGUGACCCUUGCUGCUUAUUAAUGACUUUUAAUUGCUCCAGCUUCCCACUGGCAUUUACUUAUAUUAGUAACUGUGUGCACCCGUUAGCAGGUAAGACAGCCACACAGGAUGCUGCUAGAUCGAUGGAUUCCACCAAAAAGCACAUUUGUGUUUCUGUAUGUAUGUAUGUGUAGCUAAAAUAGGACUUUUUCCAAAGCUUCUUUCUAAUCAUUCCCUGAUUUAGACCUAAGCUAUUGCCAUAUGACUAUGAGCGUCUGACACUAGUAGGCUCUCAUUCAAAUAUUCUUUAGGCACUACACUGGGUGAGCCAGUGGGUUGUGAAUUAUUCUCCUUUUCUUCUGUUGUUUCUCUCUCUCUCUCUCUCUCUCUCUCUCUCUCACACACACACACACACACACAUACAAUGUCAGGGAUUGGAAGGGGCCUCGAAAGAUCAUCUACUCUGAUCCCCCUGCUGGAGCAGGAACACCUAGAUUUCCUCACCUGUCUGAAAAGAAUGCUAAGAACAUGCCACUUGCGAUGGAGGCCAGCACAGAGGACAGCUUCUCCAAGUGCUUUCUGCUUGCAAGCACUAGCACAGCUGGCCAGUGGUCUUCAGCUUACAUUUAACAAUGCAGUUGCUGAGUGAUGCUCUCCUAACCCUGUGGCACUACCUUAAAUCUUCAGUGUAUCUCCCAGUUACUGUAUAUGUGUAUAUGUACAAUGUGCUUUUUACUACAGGAUGCUUUGCAUGUGGAAUGGAAAAUGGAUUCCGAGUUUAUAAUGCAGAUCCACUCAAAGAAAAAGAGAAACAAGAGUUUCUAGAAGGCGGUGUUGGCCAUGUCGAAAUGUUAUUUCGCUGCAACUAUUUAGCACUAGUUGGUGGAGGGAAGAAGCCGAAGUACCCACCCAACAAAGUAAUGAUCUGGGAUGACCUGAAGAAGAAGACUGUCAUUGAGAUAGAAUUUUCUACAGAAGUCAAAGCAGUUAAGCUGCGAAGAGAUAGAAUUGUGGUAGUCUUGGACUCCAUGAUUAAAGUUUUCACAUUCACACACAAUCCCCACCAGCUGCAUGUCUUUGAAACCUGCUACAACCCUAAAGGUCUCUGUGUCCUUUGUCCAAAUAGUAAUAAUUCUCUCCUUGCAUUUCCUGGAACACAUACUGGGCAUGUGCAGAUUGUAGAUCUGGCCAACACAGAAAAGCCUCCUGUGGACAUCCCAGCUCACGAAGGCGUCCUGAGCUGUAUUGCUUUAAACCUGCAGGGAACAAGAAUUGCAACAGCAUCAGAAAAAGGGACCCUCAUAAGAAUAUUUGAUACUUCAUCAGGGCAUUUAAUCCAGGAGCUACGCAGAGGAUCACAGGCAGCCAAUAUAUACUGCAUUAACUUCAAUCAGGAUGCUUCCUUAAUCUGCGUAUCCAGUGACCACGGCACAGUACAUAUUUUUGCUGCAGAAGACCCCAAAAGAAAUAAGCAGUCAAGUUUGGCCUCUGCCAGCUUUCUCCCUAAGUACUUCAGUUCCAAAUGGAGUUUCUCCAAAUUUCAGGUUCCCUCAGGCUCUCCGUGCAUUUGUGCCUUUGGAACAGAGCCAAAUGCUGUCUUAGCAAUAUGUGCAGAUGGCAGCUACUACAAGUUCUUAUUCAACCAAAAAGGAGAAUGCUCAAGGGAUGUCUAUGCUCAGUUUCUAGAAAUGACCGAUGACAAGCUUUGACUGAAUUGAGGGAGUGCACAGGUCAAAGUACUGCCUUGGCUAUUCUGCAUCUUUGGGAGGACAGUAUAUGAAUGUCCAAUGCUGAUCAAGAAGUUUAGCAGACCUCAGUGAGAAGCCUGGCCCACCGUGAUCAGAACAAGCUCUGAAGUAGGGGACUACAUUUGUUUAUUCUCAUUUCUGCAAGCUUUCGUCAUUAAAAUCUCUUUGGGUUACUGUCAUCAACUCAAGUUUUCAAGUUGUGGCUUUCAACAAGCUUGUGCCCAUUGGGUUUCUCUUUAAACUGUGAAAUGACUUCAGUUAAAACACGAGUGCCUGCCACACUGAAAGAGCUGCAGGGGCUGUGCAAACGUCAGGACUAGCCUUAGAAAAAGGGAUGUGAAAACAGAAGAUUUUAGGCAGUGCUGGAAGUGGGGGGCAGUACUUCCACUCAAACCCAAGUAAAACUCCCCCAGCCGGGCCAGAACAGGAGUUGGGCUUUUCUCCUCUCCCUGAACACAUCUCUGUGUAGCAGGGCGGAGGACGAGUGUGUAGCCAGAAAUGACUGUACCCUGAGCCAUGCUCGUUGGCUGGGGGCAGUCCUGUGGCUGCAGCCUACUGCUCGUGUCCACCUCCCCACAGUGGCUCAGUUGAAUGAUCAGCACUACUGGUCAAAAGGUGCCAAGUGUACAUAGUAGCUGAAGGCACGUUUAGGCAUUGGCUGACCCAGCUAACCUCUCCUCAGUGCGUGGAGCAAGCACCCAGGGCACGGGCACGUGGAACUCCUGCAGCUGCAGAGGCAGCUUCUUCUGUAAGGGAACAGCCAUCCCAGGUUUAAAAAGAAAAAUAAAACCACCACCUGUGGUCCCAGUGUCACAACUGGGCUGAGUGCUCGGAAAAUUCCGGUGCUUCACCUGGAAGACUGGAGUGGCCUCUUACACAUCCAGCACGAUACAUGAACCAGGUGGCACAAAGCCUACUGCUCUGCCCUGCCUUUACAUGUGCUAACUUUUUUUCUUUGAGAUGCUGUGCAUUGUGUUACGUUGACCAAGGAGGGGGAGGUCAGACUAAAUAAUUGCAGACUCUUUCCCCAAGUUGUUGUGCAGCAAUUAAUAUUUACUGCUGGGUUAAGGCACAAGAUACCGAACUAGGAACUGAAAUAGACACAAGCUCUCAGCACUAAAUAUCUGGGGGGAGGGAAGUCUUGCUCUUCUGAAAUUUAAUUCCACAGAUGCUUAAAUCUGACAUCCCAGUUCAUGUUAAGAUUGUUUAGGGGCAAACUCUCUAAAUUUGACAAGUUUCUUUUAGUGUCAUGUAACAUACUGAGGACUAACUUGUACACAGAUUUCGAUGUCAAGGCUGCAUGUUGCUUUUAUGUGUAUUUAAUCACAAAUUGUUUUGCACACUUAUUUGUAAUAUGUUAUUUCUUUUAAAUAAAAGUGACUAAUUUUGCUGUAAUCACGA